CUCAGUUUCGUCCAGUAAACAACUUCCGUACUAUCUUCUAACAGAAUGUUGUUGAAUAAUAAAACUGCUGUGAUUACCGGAGGAGCUAAUGGGAUCGGGUUUGCCACGGGAGUAGAGCUGCUCAAGAGCGGUGUAACGAAAGUGCUUUUGCUAGAUAUAGUGGCCAACUUGAGUCCAACGCAGAUUGCUGAGCUUAAGGCCAACAAUCCGAAGGCGGACGUUUUUUACGUCCAAUGUGAUGUAACAAACAAACAGCAGUUGGAAAAAAUAUUCCGCCAGGACGCGUUGAAGCUGCUGGGAUCAAUUGAUAUACUCGUGAAUUCGGCCGGAGUUUUUGAGUGUGAACCCGAGAAGUGCGUUGGUGUUAAUUUGAUUGGACUGAUGAAUUGCACACUGAUUGCAAUGGAUUUGAUGACCAAGGAGAAAUCCGGUAAGGGUGGAUUUAUUGUCAAUCUCUCCAUCGCUGGCUUAGAACCAUACCCGGUGGCCGCUGUUUAUACUGGAACAAAAUUCGGAGUGACCAGUUUCACGCGAGCUUUAGGGACUGAGUUAGUGUAUAACAGAACGGGAAUCAAAUUGGCAGCAAUCUGCCCCAGUGCUACGGAAACUAACAUCAUGCGAGCUGCCGGUGGCAGUGCUACUACUUUUCCGUGGAUGAAAGAAACGGCGGAGCAGAUGAUCAAAAAAUAUCCAAUUCAACAGUAA